GUUUAGUAUGCUUUAGAACGGCACUCGCGGUACCUUUAAGUUGUACGCUGAUCAGUCUGCGCAGCGCUGCAUCAAGUCAAACACGGCUUUUGCGUAUGUUGACUCCGCUCCUUGUAGAUUAAAGGAUACCCGCCCCCACCCUGAAGCCCAGCCCCACAACAAUAACCACCCCCUUAGAGUUAGCUAAACUGCACGUAUGAUCUGAACUGUCCCGUUACGUAUUAUUAGCGUCUCCUGCUGCAAGUCUUCUGACGAUCGUCUGCGCAAUAUCAACCGUGAAUUACUCAAGAUAUCUCCUACAAUGGAAGAUGGCCGAGAAACAUCUUCGAUGAGGGACCAGAAGAGAAAGGAACGACAAAUAGAUCAAUGGUCCUACACAAUUGGUGAUAAUGCCUUGGAGAACACAGACGAUGACAUUGGCCUGUGUGGAUGGAUCCUGGUGCUGUUUUCUAUUCUGCUCACACUGCUGACUCUGCCUCUCUCCAUAUGGAUGUGCAUUAAGAUAGUGAAGGAAUAUGAACGGGCGAUCAUCUUUCGCCUGGGACGCAUAUUACGAGGAGGUGCCAAAGGACCAGGCCUUUUCUUCAUCCUGCCCUGUACGGACAGCUUUAUUAAUGUGGACAUGCGCACCAUUACUUUUGAUAUCCCCCCUCAGGAAGUGCUGACAAAAGACUCAGUGACAGUGAGUGUAGAUGGUGUGGUCUAUUACCGUGUGAACAACGCCACGCUGGCGGUCGCUAACAUCACCAAUGCUGAUGCAGCCACUCGCCUGUUGGCACAGACCACGCUGAGGAAUGUGCUGGGCACAAAAAACCUGUCAGAGAUCCUGUCAGACAGAGAGGAAAUUGCCCACAAUAUGCAGUCCUCUCUGGAUGAUGCUACAGAUGACUGGGGUAUUAAAGUGGAACGUGUGGAGAUCAAGGAUGUCAAACUGCCCUUGCAACUCCAGAGAGCCAUGGCAGCCGAAGCUGAAGCGACCAGAGAAGCCAGAGCUAAGGUGAUCGCAGCUGAGGGUGAAAUGAACGCGUCAAGGGCGCUGAAGGAGGCGUCUCUGGUGAUCGCCGAGUCCCCCUCAGCCUUGCAGCUCCGCUACCUCCAGACCCUCAACACAAUCGCAGCAGAGAAGAACUCCACCAUCAUCUUCCCGCUGCCCAUUGACAUUAUGCAGUCUUUUAUGAAGCACUGAGGAUACAGCAACACAUACAGAUGAAUCCACGCAGAAGUGAACAGACCAAUCUUAGAUGCCAUGCACUUAUGUGCAUAUAAUCUACAUACAGGGGGUCCAAAAGUCUGAGACUGUUUGAAAAUGAGCUGUUUUUGUUUUUACUGUUCGUAGGUUUUCAUAGCAAAAUUCAUUUAUAGCAAAAUAGUCUUGAAAUUUCAGUUGAAUUUCACAAGAAGGUCAUCUUAAAUCAUGCAAAGCUAUCAUCACGUUGCAUAAAUUCAAGCGCUCUCAUUAAAGCUAAAUAACUAAAUGCAAAAAAUUGUGACAUUUAUGUGAAACUUUACUUUUUUUGUUACACUAGAAUCUGUAAUUAAAAAAAUUAAAUAUAGAAAUGCAAAAUGUUUGGAUUGGACCCCACUAAAUGCAUACACUCUCCUUCAGAUAUAGACAGUUUCAGCAGCAACCACAUAACAUUUGUUUUUUAAACUUAACUUCCGGUAGACAAGAAUCAAUAACUGCUGAGUAGUGUUAAUUCAAUUUAAUACAAUUAAUAUACAAUCAAUUAUUUUUAUAAAUUAACAUGAAUAUAAAUUGUUAUAUUAUAACCAAACACAGGACAAAAGUUAACUUCAUGUGUGUCCGAUGAAACCGUUUGUACUCUGAUGUAUGAUCUGUAGAUGUUUCUAUAAAGAAUGAAAGGAACAAGUAGGUUUUAUUUCUGGCUCACAUAAACAAGUUCAAAGAACUUUGGUCAUGCAUUGAUGGGAGAUGACAACAAUACAAACCUUUUGGUUGAUCAUUUAUAGAACAUCUCUUGGUUUUAUGAAUGUAUAUGUGUGUUUCACGCAUGCAUAACCUAAUCCAUCUAUUUGCCAAAUAGGUCAGGAAAACAUCCAAGGGUAUAUUUAGAUAGUAUCCGUUUUCAAGACAUCAGCUGACAGCAGUGCUUUAUUGUGCCUACCAGUUUUUCUUGCCGAGAACCUUUAUUAAUGCUGUCUAUCAAUAUAAAGCCUUAAGCCAUAUAUUUAAUUGUUAAAACAAUAUUUACAGGUUUACACACUCCUUUUUUUAAACCAGGGCUUAGCGUUUAAAUAAUUUUUUUAUGAAUUCAUAUGCAUAUUUAAUCAGGACUUAAGAUCUUAUUUCAGCAUUUCAGAUCAUUGUUUGGCUCACCCUUUAAUAUGUAAUCUAAUCUUCAUAAUCACAAUGCAGUGGUUAAACAAUGAAGACAGAACAGGUGCUUGUAAAAUUAGUGUAUUUGCUGCUUCAAUGUCAGAGGAUAGAAUUACACAUUCUGUUUAUUAAAGAUGUGAAUCUGGUUAAAUGCUGCCUGUGAGCAAAAAGGUAAAAAAAAUAGUGGUACCGGUUAUUCAGAUAUUUGUAUCUGUCCAUUACAAAUCUAUAUUCUGUAUUCAAUGUUUAACUGAUAUCUGUUUUUCUGUUCACUCACAUUACAAUAUUGUAUUAUAACAUUGUUUUUCUGGGCACUGUAUUUGUGUGCAUAUCAUAGCAUAUUUUUUAAAUGUCCCAUUUCCUUUAGUAGAUUAAAGCACAUAAUAUUAUUUCAAGACUUUUAAAAGCAUAAAUUCUUUACCGGAGUUAUUUUCUCAGAAUGCUGUUAUUAGGACUGUUUA